AUGACACACCAAAUUCAAAUAAUGGAACUUGAUUUAUCAGGAAAUGAACUUACUGAAUUUGAAUCUUUGGAUGUAACAUUCUUGUCAGAUCAUGUAACAAGCUCAAUUGCAAAUUCCAAUCAUUCAAGAGCUCCAACACAAAUUAACAUGACAUCAAAUAUGCAAUAUACAGAUCUUUAUUAUCAAGAUGCUAUUGAUAAAUACUUUGAAAGACCUACAGAACCAAUAUUUGAUAAUUUAACAUAUCAAUGUAUUACAGAAAAUUUAAACAUAUAUCAAAUAUUCCUACUCGUAGAGAUUUUUGCUCGAAAUGAACAUGAUUUAAAAGGUAAUUUUGAUACUUAUCGAGCUUAUUUUCAAAAUGUAAUGACAAUAAUUGGAAAUCAAUUAUCAAAACUUAUUCCAUCAGUAUCAUUCUUUUCAAAUAAUGAAACUUUAAUUUUACCUCCUGAUCAAUAUCAUGUAUAUAGCAUUCUUACUACCUUAAAUAAUAAUCAAGACCUUUAUCAAAGAUUAUUAAAAGUAGAAUAUAUAAUAAUAGAAGAAUCUUCUAUGGUUGCAUCUCAAAUGUUAACAUUCUUAAGUACAUUGUUUGGCCAUAUUAAAAAAAAUCACUUAGAAUUUGGUGGAAUUUCUGUUCUUCUUACAGGAGAUCUUUUUCAACUACCAUCUGUUCAAGGUGAUUUAAUCUUUUAUUCACCAAAUGGAAAUGUUACUGAAAAUUCCAUUGCUAAAAUACAACAAAAAGUUCAAGAAUAUUAUUUUACAGAUAAUGUAUUAAAUACAACUCAUAUU